AGUCGACGUGGUGUUGAAAAAAAUAAGUAUUCAAGACACUUUAUUUUUGUUUUCUCCGUCUUUAUCAGGGUUUUUCUGUGUAAUGCUAUAAUGUGUGCAGUAAUACAAAGUUCUAGUUCUCCUUUAAACGGUUCGAUCAUCUUUCGUGUAUGAUAAAAGGUCAAUCAAAUAAAGUUUUUGAUUGAUUCGGUGAAAAAAAGCUCACGUAUUUCAUCUAGCGCCUCGCCAUUUAUGUAACGAACUCACCCGAGAACCUCAUGUAGCUCCUCGAAUCUCGGUGCACUGUGAUAUGGUUUUUCACAUUGGAUAGGAGGACCUAAGGUUUCUUAGACGUUAUAGUUUACAAAAUUUUGUAUAGAACACGUCCAAUUCGUGUUGAUCCUACUUGAUGAAUCUUGUAUAGAACCAUGGAUUCCUCUGCAAUUCGUGUUGAUCUUACCCUGUUGGGCACGGCAACGGACGGUGAAGAUCCCCCGCAGCAACGUGUCUGCAGCUUGUCCCUUGGGAAGUCCCGGCCUGUCCCUUGGGAAACUCUAUUGGCCUUGCUUAGUGAGGAUGCGCCGUUGGAGGAAAGGCGGAUGUUGGAAAACUUAAUACGGUUGGCAUCAUGCAGCGCGAGUGAUGACUCUCGCAAAGUUGAGUCUCGAGGGAUGACUCUAGCUGUUGAGGGACCACGAAACCCAGGGGAAAAAAAUACGGUUGUUGAGUCCUCACAAAACAAAAGUAGUGGCACGACGUCGGAGUAUAGGAAUGCCAUGGCGCUUUCUAGCGUUUCUGAAGGGGAGUCGCAUAGCUCUGGAAACAGUGUGGCCACUUCCUCAAGCGGAGAUGAGAUGGUGACAACUACUCGUAAUGAUAUCACAGACCUUGUUGUUCCUGGAGGUAUGACUAUAAUGAAAGGGACGAGGUCAAAUGGCGUACCAACAUUAACGUCGAGUAUGAUGGGUGAUGGCUCAACCAUGAUGAACGCAACAAACGAUCCAGGAGAGCUUGCGCUUACUUCUAAGGACGUAGUUCCUGUCGAGGAAAACCUGUCGAGGACUUCGGAGGUCGAGGAAGCACCGCCACCGCCUCCUGUUUUGCUAGUCCUAUUGGAUUCAGAUCACCAAAGAAAUGCACUACUCGAAGAGGACGAAAAAGGAGCGCAGUUGCAGGUAUUUUAUCGAGCUAAAAGAUAGGAGUAAAACGCGACCAAGUUUUCAUGGUCACCUGUUAAGCGGCGCGUAGCGUCAACUUACGGGACCUUUCGCUUAAGAGGUGACCCUAAGUGCCUCGGUCACUACUUAAGCGACACUUCCUGAGGCACUUAGGGGACCGUUCGCUGAAGCGGUGACCUUAAGUGCCUCGGUCACCACUUAAGCGACACUUCCCGAGGCACUUAGGGGACCUGUCGCUUAAGCGGUGGCCUUAAGUGCCUCGGUCACUACUUAAGCGACACGUCCCGAGGCACUUAAGGGACCUUUCGCUUAAGAGGUGACCUUAAGUGCCUCGGUCACUACUUAAGCGACACGUCCCGAGGCACUUAAGGGGCCUUUCGCUUAAGAGGUGACCUUAAGUGCCUCGGUCACUACUUAAGCGACACGUCCCGAGGCACUUAAGGGGCCUUUCGCUUAAGAGGUGCCCUUAAGUGCCUCGGUCACUACUUAAGCGACACGUCCCGAGGCACUUAAGGGGCCUUUCGCUUAAGAGGUGACCUUAAGUGCCUCGGUCACCACUUACGCGACACUUCCCGAGGCACUUAGGGGACCUCUCGCUUAAGCGGUGGCCGUCGGUGCCUCGGUCACCACUUACGCGACACUUCCCGAGGCACUUAGGGGACCUGUCGCUUAAGCGGUGGCCGUCAGUGCCUCGGUCACUACUUAGCGAAAUCCUCAAAGGGCAUGUCGCUUGAGCAGUGUCCCGUAAGCGGUUCGUCCACUACUUCCGCAGCCCUUAGCGAUCGAAACACUUAGAGGGCAUGUCGCUUGAAUGGUUCUACAGCAUGCACUUGUAUCAUUAGCACUUGGCUCUAUGCUUAGUUAGGCCAUCAUUGAACUACGCGCAAGUUUAUUUUACUCAUUCAUCUGUCAUUUGAAAGUCAUGGAUUCUCAGAACAAUUACGAGACCUUGAGCGUCAGUGGUAGCCAGCUGACAGACGUGGAGGGACCCGCAGCUCAAUCCGACGAGCUCUUUCGACCAAGAGAAACAGCUGCAGCACUGGUGCGCGCAGUUAGGAAGAUGAGUAUACUGAAAUCUAUAGUGUUGAUGUGUAGAAAAGCGAUGUUGAUCCGAUAGAGGUAGGAGUAGCGUUUGACUUCGCAUGUUACGUAGAAGAUCAUGAUGUCUUCUUUCGAUUCGGCUUCCUUACUUAUUGGGAGAAGCCGCUUGUUGUCUCAAUUACUUAUUUGGAGCAAAUUGAAAAAUUCAAUCUUCUCGUUAUUUCUACAAUCACAAUUUUAGGUUCUUCGCCCGCUGACGUGUCAUCCCCCUGGCGGAUUGGAUUAGCUCGGGGAUUAGACCUCUCGCCUGCUACUGGCACUGCCCGCGCACGAGAACCUUUAGGGAGUCGACCCUUGCGCUUAAGGAUGCGUGCUAGCGGUCGUAAAACUGCGUCCGUUGAGGAAGAACCUACCAGUCAAGGCUUUACUUCUGGAGAUGCAAAUAAUCCGAAAAACUCUAGAGAAUCAAAGGCGGUUAACGUGAGGUCGUCUGGAAGGGUGAAACGUUUGCCAACUUCUACGAGUUCAUCAAGUGGACCAUCGAGUAAGGAAAGCUGUGCGUGGUACGGUGACGGCCGCAGUGUUGAGGAAGCUCAUUCUGAACGUCAUGGUUCUGAAACAAAUAUAGCUUCGAGUUCUCGAACACAUGACGCUACGUGCCAAACAAACCCACGAAGUUUGAUAUUUCCUGAACGAGACGAUGGACGACGUGUCAGAGCACCAACCGCUUCGGAACAAGUUAGCGAAUCACCCUCAGGUCAGGAGAACGGCGGGCAACAAGGACACAAGGAGGUACUAGUUCAAGUUCAACAAGAAAAACGGACAGGAAAAGGUCAGAUUCCAGUCCCUGACCGUAGUCAACCGCAGAGCACUUGUUCACGUGCUACUCAAGUCGAACCCGGAGACACAGUGGCCCUACUCAGAUGGAGUAUGUCUUCCGGAACUAUGGGGGGCUAUGCUUCUUCGGGGAUGAUUAGCAAUCCUAUGUACUCCUCGUCUGGUAUGAUUACGAACCCGAUAUACCAACUGUCCGAUGCCGGGAUGAGUACCCCAAGAGGCAGCAUACAACCCUGUGAUUCCUCCUACGACUACGAACGCAGUCGGAAAAGCAGUGGUCUGACGGAAGAAUAUGGAAGACCGGAGCUGCAUGGUAGUCGUGGUAAUGUUGCUGAAACAGCUACAACUCAGCAUUUCUUGCGAUCAGAGCAUGGACUACAUGGAACUUCAUAUGGGAGUGCUGCAAAUCAUGGGAGUGCUGUAAACUCUUACUUGCGAGAUAAUGGACAUGGGAACUCAGCUGCAGGUGGACCUAAAGAUCACUUGCAUGGACACGGCAACUCAGCUGGAGCUGCAGGUGGACCCAAAGAUCACUUGCAUACUGCACGUGGACGAGGAAAAGAUGAUACGCAGCCUCGAGAUGACCUCGAUGGUCGUCUUUCACCUCCAACCAACAGCGAUAAUGAACAACUUGCGUCCUCUUUUACUGCUAGAAGCAGACAAGAAAACGAAAGCCAUCUCGAUCCCGAUAGUACCUCUACGAGUAAGGAACUAGCCAGGACAAGAUUUAUCAGACAACAGUUGUGUGAUGUCGAGCACAAGGAACUGCUGUUGCUCAUGAAUAGUUCUAGUUUUAGUGGGACUCGGCCUUUGUACUUAAGUUCGUCUGAUGGUACUACUACUUGGGAUCUUCAUCAUGGUCGUGAGAAACUACAUACAGAAGUAGCUAGACAAAAGCGGUCACUUGCAGUUUGUAAAACGCCAACAGUCGACAUUGUGGGAGCAAAAGAACCGCUUCUUGUGGCAGGAGAAAAUUUAUCGUCGACUCCUUCUCCUCCUCCGGCACAACAGCAACAACAACAAGACGAAUAUGAACGAAAUUUUACAUCUUCUUCCAUACUGCAGCAGCAUCGACAAAACGAAGUGUCAUCUAGACGACAUUUUUACGGCCCCCAAAGUAUCCAGUACUCAUCUUCUGCUACUUCUAGUACUACGAGAGGUCACGUCGAUCAGAACAAUCUUUCUCCGGACAAAAAUAUUGCAACUACUAGUGCCCCCCGACAUCCUCAAGAAGGAGCUGGUGGUGCCGAUCGUACGGGAGAUCCAUAUCAGCACCUGAGAAAUCGCGAAUGUGGUGCCGAUCGUACGAGAGAUCCAUAUCAGCAUCCCAGUAGAAGACCUGACGGCUACUUCUAUCAACCAGAACAUCAGCACUCUGUUCACUCAUAUAGCAGUGGAAGAUUCACUGGUACGAAAGAACAAGUCUCAUCUUCGUUUCGUUCGUCAAGAGUUGAGGAGGUUAGCAGGUCUUCUCCGUCAUCUAGAACAGGCACAGCAGAAUUUCAUGCAGAUUCGGAUGUGGUCAGAAUUGCGGCCGUUCCGCGUGGUGCUCCAGAGAAAGUCACGUUGUCAGUAACCCCGCAGAUGCGGACGCAAGAGUCGAUCGAACCUUAUGAUCGGAAGGUACUAUGUACUUACGUGUUACUAGUAUGGGUACUAUGCGUUUGACUUGGUGAUUUCUUUUCACCGGUACUAGCUAUCGUCCAAUUCAUCUCAUCACGCGGUCACUUCCUUCCUCCCAAAAACAACAGGUCCUCGAAUGAAAUUCUCAUCACGCAGUCACUUCCUUCCUCCCAAAAUCAACAGGUCCUCGAAUGGGACCACAGGAGUGGUUGGAUCACCUCUGCCACAGUCUCGGCUAGCCCUGUGAGUGGCGAGUUGCGGGCUACGGUGAUCACUCGAGACCGGACUUCCUCCAGUGACGACCCAGGGGAACACAUUGGCACAGGAUCAUCUCUUAAGAAAGAUUUUGACCGUAAUGUAAGGACCUGCUCUGUUACUAUAAUAAACGGAGUGGUAGUGCUUUAGUGCUUGCUGUUUCAUAACUUUCUCUUCAUACUGUUAGCAUCCUGGCCUCUGGCCCUGAAUUGUUACCAGCAUUAGUCUCUACGGGCACUACGGACAGUGUCAUCAGGGGCACAUACAUGACAAGUGCAAGUCUUCAACAAGUGCAAGUCUUCAAGAACUGCAAGUGUUCAAGAAGUGCAAGUCUUCAACAAGUACUUGGCUUAGCUAACACGACCAUGAAACGGAUCCUUGUUGUACGAUAUUAAAAGGUUUAUGAUCUUCUCGAUUCAAAUUCUCCACUAUUUAGGUGCUGUACUUCCUCCACCUAUAGUAGUCCUCUAAGUCUCAAUCCGGAACCAGUGCGCCGGCUGGGGCAUCAAGUGACGAUCCAGGUAGAAGCCGCGUUAUGGAAAGAUUAGAAAAAAUGAGAAGCAAAUUCCAAAUCCCAGCGAGCCCGGACAGUAGAAGUAAACGAUGA